AUGAGAAAUGCAACCACGGCAGCUACGGAAGGAGGCGGGGCGGCGUACGGUGCUGCUGGCGGGGUCUCUACUGGCGGGGUCUUUGCUGGCGGUGUAUCUGCUGGCGGGGACUCUGCUGGCGCUAACGCUGCUGGCGGGGUCUGGUGCUGGCGGCUGGCGCUGGUGCUGGGGUUGGCGCUGGUGCUGAUGCCUGGUGCUGGCGAGACGGCCUGCUGGCGGGGGUCUCUGCUCGCGGGGGUCUCUGCUGGCGGGGGUCUCUGGUGGCGGGGGUCUCUGCUGGCAGGGGUCUCUGCUGGCGGGAUCUCUGUUGGCGGGGGUCUCUGCUGGCGGGAUCUCUGCUGGUGGGGGUCUCUGCUGGCGGGGAUCUCUGCUGGCGGGGGUCUCUGCUGGCGCGGGUCUCUGUCGGCAGGGUUCUCUGCUGGCACGGUCUCUGCCGGCGGUGUAGCUGCAGGCGGGGUCUGGUGCUGGGGCUGGUGCUGGUGCCUGGUGCUGGGGCUGGCGUUGGUGUUGGUGCUGGUGCUGCUGCUUGGUGCCUGGUGCCUAGUGCUGGGGCUGGCGCUGGUGCUUGGUGCCUGA